AUGGUCACCAAGGUCCCUCUGUCAGAGAACCCAAAGGGUAUCACGAUUUACGCAGUACUAUGGCCGCUCACGGGAGUCGCCGGAAUAUUCCUCGCCCUACGGAUAUACAGCAAAACCUUUCGACGAAGAGCACUAUGGUGGGAUGACUAUUUCAUCAUCUUCUCAUGGAUUAUGCUCUUGUUGAGUUGCUGUACUACUUCCACCAAUGUCCUCCUGGGCUUCGGUCUGCGGGCUCCCCAGAUCCCGCCAGAGAACUUUUCCGUCUUCUGGAUCAUUAGCAAUAUAUCCGGUUUUUCAUCAGUUAUCUCAGUGGCCUGCAGCAAAACCUCUUUUGCCAUUACACUGUUGCGGCUGUGUGGCCCGAACACCUGGAUGCGAUGGACCAUCUACGGGCUACUCGCCCUUCUCAACAUCACCCACUACUUGAGCGCCAUCUUCUUUUGGGUUUCGUGUGACCCCGUGGAGAAGACAUACCGCCCGGAGAUAGCGGGGGAAUGCUGGCCGGUCAAGUUUACCAUCAACUUUAGCAUUUUUGUCGGAUCAUGUUCGGCGUUUUGUGAUUUUGCGCUUGCCCUACUCCCCUGGAGACUUCUUUUGCGAUAUAAUAUGUACAACAGAGAGAAGAUUGGGGUCGCCAUUGCCAUGUCGAUGGGUAUCUUCGCCGGCAUCACUUGCAUUGUCAAAUUAACAACCGUAAAGGUUCUGGAGGAAGGCGAUUUUAGCUACAACUCCCUUCCACUCGUCCUCUGGGGCUUCAUCGAGCCUGCCUGCACCAUCAUGGCAGCCUCGAUCCCAAUGCUGAGGCAUUUGUUCAAAAACUUCCGCCACGCCAGCGAUCUUGAUGACAGCGCGAGGGAGCAUUCUCGCUCUCCCAGCCCAACAGGGGCCGCCGGAGAGGAGCACGCGUACGCUCGGAGGGAGCUGCGAGAAGAGCGAUUCCGACCAAGGCACCACCAUAUCGUCGAUCACGAGCAACAAAAAGCAGGAUAG